ACAACACACGAUAGAAAGAUGGGCGGAGACACAGAGAAGAUGAUAGUAGUAGGCCUUGUUUGGGGAGCCACAAACGCAUUAAUGCGCCGAGGCGCGCUCAUAUGGGACCAAACCGUCAAGUUCACUUCUCAUUCAAACACGACCCAGAACCCCAUCCUCAGGACCCUUCGAAACUGGCUUAAUCUUCUCUGGAUUUGGCAGUACUCUGUGCCUUUCUUGCUGAAUCUAUCUGCCUCAGCUACUUUUUUCGCCAUUCUGAGUGACUCACCAAUCUCUUUGGCUGUUCCUGUGACCAAUGCGACGACGUUUGCUGCUACUGCGGUGUUUGGGAUGGCUCUAGGGGAAGAAACUCGUGUUGGGUUGGCUUUGUUUGGUACUUUUCUUAUUGUUCUUGGUGUCUAUGUUUGUAUCAUGUGAUUCGAUCCUGACUAUUCAUUGUUGACUUUUAGUGUUUGUUUGAGAAUUUCAAGGGAACCCUGAUUGUGUUUUGGAUAAAUGAUCUGUUUGGUUGCUGUGAAAAUUGAGAACAAAAAUCAAAGGAAUGAAAGUUCG